GGCCGUUCUGUCAGUCUUUUCGUGAUCGUGGUAGGUUGUAACCUAUCAGAUCAAGUUUCCAAGAAUAGUUAAAUAAUCCUAUAGUAAUAAGUGAUAUAAAAUGGUGCAAAAAAAGCCGAAGAAGAAAUCAGGGAAAAAGGUAGCUGCUGCUCCUUUGGCCGUGAAGAAAGUCGAAGUAAAGAAAGUUGUUAACCCUUUAUUUGAAAAGAGACCAAGAAACUUUGGGAUUGGGCAAGACAUUCAACCUUCCCGUGACUUGUCUAGAUUUGUAAAGUGGCCCAAAUACAUCCGAAUUCAGAGACAAAAGGCUGUUUUACAAAAAAGGCUAAAAGUACCACCACCAAUCAACCAAUUCACACAAACUUUAGACAAGCAGAAUGCCACUCAGCUUUUUAAAGUUUUGGAAAAGUAUAGACCUGAAACAAAAUUACAAAAGAAACAGCGUCUAUUGGCACGUGCUGAAGCCAAGGUUGCAAAGAAGGAAGAGAAACCUACGAAAAGGCCCAACACACUAAGAGCAGGUACCAAUACGGUAACAAAACUUGUAGAACAAAAAAAGGCUCAACUAGUGGUCAUUGCUCAUGAUGUUGACCCUAUUGAGUUGGUAUUAUUCCUUCCUGCAUUAUGCCGGAAAAUGGGAGUUCCUUACUGCAUUGUAAAGGGCAAGUCUCGCCUAGGAUUGCUCGUACGACGAAAAACAUGCACUGCUGUAGCCCUCACUCAGGUUGAUUCUGGUGAUAGGGCGAAUUUUAAUAAAUUGAUAGAAGCCAUUAAAACCAACUUUAAUGACAGGGGUGACGAAAUAAGACGUCACUGGGGUGGUGGCAUGCUAGGUUCUAAAUCAGCCACAUGUACUGCUAAGAUUGAAAAGCCUAAGACCCAAGAAUUGGCCCAGAAACAGGGUUAAGCGUUACAAAAGUUAUUUGUAUUUGUAAAAAAAUUGACCUUACAAUAAAAAUCUUUAAAUACA